AUGAAGGCCUCCAUCAAAUUCCGCGACGAGCAGAAGCCAUUGCUGCGAGCUAAGGUCCCACUCAACGUCCUCAACCUCCCUUUUCAGGCGGGGGUCGUAGCCGGCGACUCCAAGGAGCUCUCCCUGAACCUCGGCACCUUUCUCGAUUCCGGGCCGUCGCUUCGAUUCUCGUACCGCCCAAAUGAUUCCAAAAACCCUUUCGGAUUCGUCUUCAAGACCGGCGUCGGGAAAUUCGGGUCGCCGGCGAACAGCCCCGUGACGAUGAGCGCCGAGUUCAACCUCGUCGGCGGCCGGAACCCUAGUUUCUUCAUCCACUUCAAACCCAAUGUUGGAGACUUCUCUCUGAAAAAAUCCCACUCCUCCGACCUCGUCAGGUGCCUCGGGGAGAAGCCGAACGGCGGCGGCGGAGAUGAGGGUUUCGCGAGGUUCUUGCCGGCGACGGCCGAGUCGAAGGCGGCGGCGGGGAUGGUGGUGGGCGGGCUGCUGAAGGGGGCGGAGGUGGGCGCGAGGACCCGCAUGCCCCUGCGGGAUCUGGCCGUGGUGAAUUUCCGGUGGGGGCUUAGGGUUCCGCCGGCGGCGGCGGAUGAGAUGGACGCGGUGGUUGUGGGGAGGAAGGGCGGCAGCGAGUGGCCGGGCGGCGGGGUUAGAAUGCCGCUGCUGGUGAUGAACAAGAUUGGAAUCGAACAUGUGGCGAGAUCCAAGGAGUCUAAGGCGGGGCCAGAAAAGCUGCUGGCCGAGGCGUGUUUGGAUGUGAAGAAGCAGCUGGAGGGGAUUCAGGCUGAGAAUGGGCUGUUGGGCAAGGCUCUGAGUGAAUUGAGGUCGGAUAUGGCUGCUGGGAAAAUGGAGUUCUUGCCGGAGAGUCGCCGGGGUAGGUAUUCCGGUGGUGGGGCUGACCGGAGGGUCACUGGGGAUAAGAAAUCCUUGGAAGUGAAAGGCUUUGGUGGUGAAGACGGGUCAAAGGGUUUGUGA